AAGAAAAAGAAGAAAAAUCGCCAGGUUGCAAAGAAAGAGAAGGAAAACUGCCAGGUUGGACAGAAAGAGAAGGAAAACGGCCAAGUUGGACAGAAAGAGAAUAUUGACGAGCAGAGGAAUGUCAAAGACGAUGUUAAAAUGAAGGACACCCAGGAACAGCAGGACAAAAUGGACCUAACAAAGUGCCAGGGUAAUCAAGAAGAGGACUGGAAAGGACAGAAGAAGAACAUUGAUGAGCAAAAGAAGGACAAGGACGAUGAUAAAAUCAGGAGUAACCAGAAACAGCAGGACAAAACUGACUUGGAGAGUGACCAGGAGGAAAACUUGGAAAAACUGAAAGAAGAACAAGUAGGGAACACAAAUAAACAUGAUAGGAAAGAUCAGGAGAUAAAUAAAGAAAAUCAGAAGAAUAAGGUUGAUAAGGAGAAAAACGACAAUGAAAAUGUAAAGAAAAUAAAUGGAAAGGAGGAGAACAAUAUUAAACAGGAGAAAAUCACAUAUGUAUAUAUGGGAAACAAAGUUAAGGAAGAGGAGAAAGAUAACAAAGUUAAGGAGGAGGAGAAGAAUAAAGCUGAAAAAGAGGAAAACACAGAUGAACAGAAGGAAAACAAAGUUGAACAGUUCGAGAAAACAGUUAAACAGAAGGAGAACAAAAUUGAACAGAUGGAGAACACAGUUGAACAGGAGGAGAACAAAUAUGAGCAGGUGGAGAACACAGUUGAACAGAUGGAAAACACAGUUGAAGAGGAGAAGAACAAGAUUGAACAGAAGGAUAACAAAGUUGAACAGGUGGAGAACACAGAUGAACAGAAGGAGAACAAAGUUGAACAAAUGGAGAAACAGGUUGAUAAAAAAGUUGAACAGGUGGAGAACACAGUUGAACAGAUAAAGAACACAGUUGCACAGGAGGAGAAUACGGUUAAAAAGGAAAAAAACACAGUUGAAAAGGAGGAGAACACAGUUGAAAAGGAGAAGAACAAGAUUGAAAAGGAGGAGAACACAGUUGAACAGGAGGAGAACACAGUUAAACAGGAGGAGAACACAGUUGAACAGGAGGAGAACACAGUUGAACCAGAGGAGAAAAAAGUUAAACAGGUGGAGAAAAAAGUUGCACAGGAGGAGAACACAGUUAAACAGGAGGAGAAUACAGUCGAACAGGAGGUGAACAAAGUUGAACAAGUUGAGAACAAAGUUGAACAGGAGGAGAACAAAGUUGAACAGGAGGCGAACACAGAUAAACAGGAGGAGAAUAAAGUUGAACAAGAGGAAAACACAGCUGAAAAGGAGGAGAACAAAGUUGAACAGGUGGAGAACACAGUUGAACAGGAGAAAAAUAAAGUGGAAAAAGAAGAGAAUACAGUCGAACAGGAGGAGAACAAAGUUGAACAGGUGGAGAAUAAAGUUGAACAAGAGGAGAACACAGUUGAACAGGAGGAGAACAAAGUUGAACAUGUCAAGAACACAGUUGAACAGGAGGAGAACAAAGUUGAACAGGAGGAAAACAAAGUUGAGCAGGAGGAAAACAAAGUUGAACAGGUGGAGACCACAGUUGAACAGGAGGAGAACAAAGUUGAACCAGAGAAGAAAAAAGUUGAACAGGAGGAGAACAAAGUUGAACAGGAGAAGAACAAAGUUGAAAAAAAGGAGAACACAGUUAAACAGGAGGAGAACAAAAUUGAACAGGUGGAGAGCACAGUUGAACAGAAGAAGAAAAAAGUCGAACAGGUGGAGAGCACAGUUGAACAGGACGAGAACACAGUUGAACAGGAAGAGAACAAAGUUGAACAGGUGGAGAACACAGUUGAACAGAAGGAGAAAAAAGUCGAACAGGAGGAGAACACAGUUAAACAGGAAGAGAACAAAGUUGAACAGGUGGAGAACGAAAUUAAACAGGUAGAGAAUUCAAUUGAACAGGAGGAGAACAAAGUUGAGCAGGUAGAGAACACAAUUAAACAGGAGGAGAAAAAAGUUGAAAAAGAGGAAAACAGAGUUGAACAGGAGGAGAACACUGUUGAACUGGAGAAAAAUAAAGUUGAAAAAGAGGAGAACACAAUUGAACAGGAAGAGAACACAGUUGAACAGGAGGAGAACAAAGUUGAAGAGGAGGAGAACACAGUUGAACAGCAGGAUACCGAAGUUGAGAAGGUGGAGAAAACAGUUAAACAUGAGGAGAACAAAGUUGAACAGGUGGAAAACACAGUUAAACAGGAGGAAAACACAGUUGAACAGGAGGAGAACAAAGUUGAUCAGGAGGAGAACAAAGUUGAGCAGGAGGAGAAAAAAAUUGAACAAGAGGAGAACAAAGUUGAAAAGGUGGAAAACACAGUUGAACAGGAGGAAAACAAAGUUGAACAGGAGGAAAACAAAGUUGAAAAUGUGGAGAACACAGUUACACAGGAGGAGAAGAAAGUUGAACAGGUGGAGAAAACGGUUGAAAAGGAGGAGAACACAGUUGAACAGGAGGAGAACAAAAUUGAUAAGGUGGAGAACACAGUUGAACAGGAGGAGAUCACUGUUAAACAGGAUGAGAACAAAGUUGAACAGGUGGAGAACACAGUAGAUCAGAAGGAGAACAAAGUUGAACAGGAGAAGAACACAGUUGAACAGGUGGAAAACACAGUGAAACAGGAGGGGAACAAAGUUCAACAGGUGGAGAACAAAUUUGUACGGGAGGAGAACAAAUUUGAACAGGAGGAGAACAAAGUUAAACAGGAGAAAAACAUAGUUGAACGGGUGGAGAACACAGUUGUACAGGACGAGAAGAAAGUUGAACAGGAGGAGAACAAAUUUGAACAGGUGGAGAACACAGUUGAACAGGAGGCGAACACAAUUGAUCAGAAGGAGAACAAAGUUGAACAGGAGGAGAACACAGUUAAACAGGAGGAGAACACAGUUGAACAGGAGGAGAACAAAGUUGAACAGUUGGAAAACACAGUUGAACAAGAGGAUAACAAAGUUGAACAGAUGGAGAUCACAGUUGAACAGGAGGAGAACACAGUUGAACAGGAGGUGAACAAAGUUGAACAAUUGGAGAACACAAUUGAACAGUUGGAGAACACAGUUGAACAGGAAGAGAACAAAGUUGAACAGUUGGAGAACACAGUUAAACAGGAGGCGAACACAAUUGAUCAGAAGGAAAACAAAGUUGAACAGGAGGAGAACACAGUUAAACAGGAGGAAAACACAGUUGAACAGGAGGAGAACAAAGUUGAACAGUUGGAAAACACAGUUGAACAGGAGGAUAACAAAGUUGAACAGAUGGAGAUCACAGUUGAACAGGAGGAGAACACAGUUGAACAGGAGGUGAACAAAGUUGAACAAUUGAAGAACACAGUUGAACAGUUGGAGAACAUAGUCGAACAGGUGAAGAACACAGUUGAAGAAGAGGAGAAUGAAGUUGAAAAAGAGAAUAACACUGUUGAAGAGAUCGAGAACAAAGUUAAAGAGGUAGAGAUUACAGUUGAACAGGUGGAGAACACAGUUCAACAGGUGGAGAACACAGUUGAACAGGCAUAUAACACAGUUGAACAGGUGGAGAACACAGUUGAACAGGCAUAUAACACAGUUGAACAGGCGGAGAACACAGUUAAACAGGAGGAGAACAAAGUAGAACAGGAGGAGUACAAAGUUGAACAGGAAGAGAACAAAGUUGAACAGUUGGAGAACACAGUUGAACAGCAGGAGAACAAAGUUGAAGAGGUGGAGAAAAAAGUUGAACAAGAGGAGAACACAGCUGAACAGGAGAAGAACAAGGUUGAAAAGGAGAAGAACAAUGUUGAACAGGAGGAGAACAAAGUUGAACAGGUGGAGAAUAAAGUUGAACAGGAGGAGAGCAAAGUUGUAAAAGAGAAGAACACAGUUGAACAGGAAGAGAACAAAUUUGAGCAGGUGGGGAAAACAGUUAAACAGGAGGAGAACAAAGUUCAGCAGGUGGAAAACAAAGUUGAACAGGAGGAAAACAAAGUUGAACAGGAGGAGAUCAAAUUUGAACAGGAGGAGAACAAAGUUGAACAGGAAGAGAAAACAGUUGAACAGGAGGAGAACAAAGUUGAACAUGUGGUGAACACAGUUGAAAAGAAGGAGAACAAAGUUGAAAAGGAGAAUAACAAUGUUGAACAGGAGGAGAACAAAGUUGAACAGGUGGAGAUCACAGUUGAACAGGAGGAAAACACAGUUAAACAGGAGGAGAACAAAGUUGAACAGGUGGCGAACACAGUUGAACAGGAGGUGAACAAAGUUGAACAUGCGGUGAACACAGUUGAAAAGAAGGAGAACAAAGUUGAAAAGGAGAAGAACAAUGUCGAACAGGAGGAGAACAAAGUUGAACAGGAAGAGAACACAGUUGAACAGGAGGAGAACAAAGUGGAACAUGUGGUGAACAAAGUUGAAAAGGAGAAGAACAAUGUUGAACAGGAGGAAAACAAAGUUGAACAGAUGGAGAUCACAGUUGAACAGGAGGAGAACACAGUUGAACAGGAGGAGAAAAAAGUUGAACAGGUGGCGAACACAGAUGAACAGGAGAAGAACAAAGUUGAACAGGUGGAGAACACAGUUGAACAGGAGAAGAACACAAUUGAACAAGCGGAGAACAAAGAUGAACAGGAGGAGAACAAAGUUGAACAGGUGGAGAACACAGUGGAACAGGAGGAGAACAAAGUUAAACUGAAAGAGAACACAGUUGAACAAGAGGAAAAUAAACUUGAAAAAGAGGAGAAAACAUUUGAACAAGAGGAGAACAAAGUUGAACAGGUGGAGAACACAGUUGAAUAUGUGGUGAACACAGUUGAACAGGAGGAGAACAAAGUUCAACAGGAGGAGAACACAGUUGAACAUGUGGUGAAAACAGUUGAAAAGAAGGUGAACAAAGUUGAACAGGACGAGAACAAAGUUGAACAGGUGGAGAACACAGUUGAACAGGAGGAGAGCAAAGUUGAACAGGUGGUAAACACAGUUGAACUGGAGGAGAAUAAAGUUGAAAAAGAGGAGAACGCAGUUGAGCAGGUGAGAAACACAGUUGAGCAGGUGGAGAACAUAGUUGAACAGGUGGAGAGAAAAGUUGAACAGAAGGAGAACAAAGUUGAACAGAAGGAGAACACAGUUGAACAAGAGGAGAAUAAAGUUGAACAGGUAGAAAACACAGUUAAACAGGAGGAGAACAAUGUUGAACAGGUGAAGAACACAGAUGAACCGGCUGAGAACACAGUUGGACAGGAGGAAAACACAGUUGAUCAGGAGAAGAAUAAAGUUCAAAAGGAAGUUGAAAACGUGGAGAACACAGUUGAACAGGAGACCAAAGCUGAACAGGUGGAGAAUACAGUUGAACAGGAGGAGAACAAAGUUGAAAAGGUGAAGAACACAAUUGAACAGGAGGAGAAAAAAGUUGAACAGGAGAAGAACACUAUUGAACAGGAGGAGAAAAAAGUUGAUGAGGAGAAGAUCAAAUUUGAAAAGGAAGAGGAAAAAAUUGAUCAGGUGGAGAAAAACGUUGAACAGGAGGAUAACAAAUUUGAACAGGAGAACACAUUUGAACAGGAGGUGAAAAAAGUUGAACAGGAGAAAAACAAAGUUAAACAGGUGGAGAUCACAGUUGAAUGGGACGAGAAAAAAGUUGAACAGGAGGAGAACAAAUUUGAACAGGAGGAGAACAAUGUCGAACAGGGGGAGAACACAGUUGAACAGGAGGAGAACAAAGUUGAACAGGUGGAGAACACCAUUGCACAAAAGGAGAACACAGCUGAAGAGGUGGAUAUCAAAGUUGAACAGGAAGAGAACACAUUUGAACAGGAGGAGAACAAAGUUGAACAGGAGGAGAACAAAGUUGAACAUGUAGUGAACACAGUUGAAAAGAAGGAGAACAAAGUUGAAAAGGAGGAGAACAAUGUUGAACAGGAGGAGAACAAAGUUGAACAGGUGGAGAUCACAGUUGAACUGGAGGAGAACACAGUUGAACAGGAGGAGGACAAAGUUGAACAGGUGGCGAACACAGUUGAACAGGAGGUGAACAAAGUUGAACAUGUGGUAAACACAUUUGAAAAGAAGGAGAACAAAGUUGAAAAAGAGGAGAACCCCAUUGAACAGGAGGAAAACAAAGUUGAACAAGAGGAGAAUAAAGUUGAAAAAGAGGAGAACACAGUUGAACAGGAGGAAAGCAAAGUUGAACAGGAGGAGAACAAAGUUGAACAGGAGGAGAACAAAGUUAAACAGGUGAAGAACACAGUUAAACAGGUGGAGAACACAGUUGAACAGGAGAAGAACACAAUUGAACAAGCGGAGAACAAAGUUGAACAGGAGGAGAACAAAGUUGAACAGGUGGAGAUCACAGUUAAACAGGAGGAGAAAAAAGUUGAACAGGUUGAGAACAUAUUGGAACAGGAGGAGAACAAAGUUAAACUGUUGAAGAACACAGUUGAACAAGAGGAGAAUAAACUUGAAAAAGAGGAGAAAACAUUUGAACAGGAGGAGAACAAAGUUGAAAAGGUGGAGAACACAGUUGAAUAUGUGGUAAACACAGUUGAACAGGAGGAGAACAAAGUUGAACAGGAGGAGAACACAGUUGAACACGUGGUGAACACAGUUGAAAAGAAGGAGAACAAAGUUGAACAGGACGAGAACAAAGUUGAACAGGUGGAGAACACAGUUGAACAGGAGGAGAACAAAGUUGAACAGGUGGUGAACACAGUUGAACAGGAGGAGAACGAUGUUGAACAGAAGAAGAACAAAGUUGAAAAGGAGGAGAACAAUGUUGAACAGGAGGAAAACAAAGUUGAACAGGUGGCGAACACAGUUGAACAGAAGGAGAAAAAAGUUGAAAAAGAGGAGAACACAAUUGAACAGGAGGAAAGCAAAGUUAAACAGGUGGAAAACACAGUUGAACAGGAGAAAUACAAAGUUGAACAGGUGGAGAACACAGUUGACCAGGAGGAGAACACAGUCGAAAAGGAGGAGAGCAUAGUUGAACAGGUGGAAAACACAGUUGAACUGGAGGGAAACACAGUUAAACAGGAGGAGAACAAAGUUGAAAACGUGGAGAACACAGUUGAACAGGAGGAGAACAAAGUUGAACAGGAGGAGAAUACAGUUGAACAGGAAGAGAACAAAGUUGAACAGGUGGAAAACACUGUUGAACAGGAGAAGAACAAAGUUGAACAAGUGGAAAACACAUUUGAACUGGAGGAGAAUAAAGUUGAAAAAGAGGAGAAAUCAGUUGAGCAGGUGGAAAACACAGUUGAGCAGGUGGAGAACACAGAUGAACAGGAGGAGAACAAAGUUGAACUGAAGGAGAACAAAGUUGAACAGGUAGAGAGAAAAGUUGAACAGAAGGAGAACAAAGUUGAACUGGUGGAGAACACAGUUGAACAAGAGGAGAAUAAAGUUGAACAGGUGGAAAACACAGUUAAACAGGAGGAGAACAAAUUUGAACUGGUGAAGAACACAGUUGAACAGGAGGAAAACACAGUUGGACAGGAGGAAAACACAGUUGAUCAGGAGAAGAAUAAAGUUGAAAAGGAAGAGGAAAAAAUUGAGGAGGAGGAGAACACAAAUGAACAGGAGGAGAGCAAAGUUGAACAGGUGGAAAACACAUUAGAACAGGAGGAGAACAAAGUUGAACAGGUGAAGAUUACAAUUGAACAGGAGGAGAAAAAAGUUGAACAGGAGAAGAACACAGUUGAACAGGAGGAGAAAAAAGUUGAUCAGGAGAAGAACAAAUUUGAAAAGGAAGAGGAAAAAAUUGAUCAGUUGGGGAAAAAAGUUGAACAGGAGGAUAACAAAGUUGAACAGGUGGAGAACACAUCUGAACAGGAGGAGAACAUAGUUGAACAGAUGGAGAACACAGUUGAACAGGAGAAGAACACAGUUGAACAGGAGGAGAGCAAAGUUGAACAGAAGAAGAACAAAGUUGAACAGAAGGAGGACAAUGUUGAACAGGAGGAAAACAAAGUUGAACAGGAGGAUGACAAAGUCGAGGAGGAGGAGAACAAAGUUAAACAGGAGGAUGACAAAGUUGAGGAGGAGGAGAACAAAGUUGAACAGGAGAAGAGCAAAUUUGAACAGAAGGAGAAACAAGUUGAGGAGAAAAUGAUCAGAGAUGAACAGGAGGAGAACAAAGUUCAGGAGGAGGAGACCAAAGUUGAACAGGAGGAAGACAAAGUUGAGGAGGAGGAGAACAAAGAUGUUCUUGAAUACACCAAGGUAUCUUUAGAUGUACUUGAGGAUACCAAGGAAUCUUCAGAUGAUCUUGAAUACACCAAGAAAUCUCUAUUUGUUCUUAAAGACACCAAGGAAUCAACAGAUGUUCUGAAAGACACCAUAGAUGCAACAAAUGCUAUUGAAGAAGCCAAAAAAUCUACAAAUGUACUUAAAAACACUUUGGGAUCUCUAGAUAAGCAGGGAGACACCAAGGCCAAUGAAUCUCCAGAUUCACUUGAAGACUUUAAGACAUCUGCAGAUGUUCUUGAAGACAACAAGGAAUCUUCAGUUGUUAUUAAACACAUCAAGAAAUCUUCAGAUUUACUUGAAAACACCACAAAAUCUACAGAUGUACUUAAAGAAACAAAGAAGUCUUCAGAUGUACUUGAAGACAUUUUGGAAUCUACAGAUGUUCUUAAAGACACCAAGAAGUCUUCAGAUGUACAUGAAGAUGUAAAUGAAUCUGCAGAUGUACUUGAAGACACCACGGAAUCUUCAGAUGUACUUGAAGACACCAGGGAACCUAUAGAUGUACUUGAAGACACUAUGGAAUCUACAGAUGUACUUAAAGACACCAAGAAGUCUUCAGAUGUACUUGAAGACACCAUGGAAUCUACAGGUGUAAUUAAAGACACCACCAAAUCUUCAGAUGUACUUGAAGAGGCCAUGGAAUCUACAGAUGUACUUAAAGACACCAAGAAAUCUUCAGAAGUACAUAAAGAUGUAAAUGAAUCUACAGAUGUAUUUGAAAUUGCUAAGAAAUCUUUAGAUGAACUUGAAAUUAUUAAGGAACGUUUAGAUGAUUUAGUUUCAAGAAAAUCUGAACAUGUACUAGAAGGUGAAAUUGUAUCCUGGGAAAAACAUAUUUCAAAACUAGAGUCAUGUGAUGUGCCAGUAGAUUUAAGGGAACACAAAGAUUCACUGAAAGAAACAAUGGAAUCUUCCGAAGAACUAAGAGUUUCAAAUGAGUUUAUUAAUACAGUAAACAUUUUAGUGGGAGUAACUAAAGAAGUAGAAAAUGCAAGAGCAUCUAUUUAUCUGCCAGACAUCGGAUCAGAAUAUGUUGCAGUUUCAGAAGAUUUGAAAACAAAUGGAAAUGAACCAAAGGGUUCACAGACCUUGGAUACUGUUAUGACUACACGAGGACCAGAUUAUGUAAAUGAAGACUUUGAUUUUCAAAGAGGGGCAAAGAAAUCUGAUGAAGAAUUAGUACUCAAAAAAGUAUCUAUGGAAGUAAUAGAUAAUGGAAAGGAAUAUAAAGAAAAAGUAGAAGAUGCAAAGGAAUCUAUGGAAAUAGAUAAAAAAGAAUCUAUUGAAGUGCAAGAAGAUUCAAAGAAUUACAUAGAAAGUAAAGAAUAUUCCAAGGAAUCUAUGGAAGUUCAAGAAGAUGCAAAGGAAUCUAUGGAAGUACUAGAAGAUGCAAAGGAAUCUGUGGAAAUAUUAGAAGAUACAAAUGAAUCUAUGGAAGUGCUAGAAAAUACAAAAGAAUCUUUGAAAGAUGCCAAGGAAUCUAUGGAAGUUCUAGAAGAUACAAAGGAAUUUAUGAACGCUCAAGUAGUUACAAAGGAACCUAUGGAAAAGAAUGCAAAGGACACUAUAAUAGAAACACCAGAUGAUAUGAAGAAAUCCAUCAAAGUAUCAGAAGAAACACAGGAAAUAAUGAAAGUAAUAGAAGAUACAAAGAAAUCCAUAGAAUUACCAGAAAAUACAAAGGGAUCAACAAGAGAACUAGAAGAUCCAAUGGAACCUACGAAAAUACAAGCAGAUGCCAAGGAAUCUUUAGAAAUACUGGAAGAUGAAAAGAAGUUUAUAAAAGAACAAAAAUAUACAACAGAAUCUAUGGAAGUCCUAGACGAUAGAAAGAAGUCUAUGAUGGAAGUAAUAGAAGAUGCAAAGGAAUCUAUGGAAGAAAUAGAAGAUGCAAAGGAAUCUAUGGAAGUAAUAAAAGAUGCAAAGGAAUCUGAAAUAGUAAUAAAAGAUGAAAAGGAAUCUGAGGAAAUAAUAGAAGAUGCAAAAGAAUCUAUGGAAAUAAUAGAAGAUGCAAAGGAAUCUAUGGAAGUAAAAAAAGAUACAAAAAAAUCUAUUGAAGUACUGGAAGAUGCAAAGAUAUCUAUGGGUGUAAUAGAAAAUGAAAAUAAUGCCAUGGAAAUGAUAAGUGAUAUAAAUAUAAAUGUAAAAGUACUAAAAGAUGAACUUAAAUUGAUUCAGGUACGAGGGGAUAAAAAGGAAUCUAUAGAAGAACUAGAAAAUGAAACUACUGAAGUGUUUGAGGAUGCAAUUGAUUCUAUUGAAGUUUAUGAAGAUGCAAAGGAUUCUAUUGAAGUCCUGACAAAGGAAGAAGAAGUGUCAAAAGAUGCAAAGGAAGAAAAGAAUGGAUCUCUGGAAAUUGAAAAGGAAAAGUCCUCUAAGUUGGUUGGUAUCCGGUUGUUUGAGAUUGGUGGAAUGGAAAAAGUAUCCUUCCUCCCAGCUUUACCAACUGAUAUGUCUCCGGUGACAUCCAAGGUUUCAGAGACGAAUGAUUGGACUGCUUGUCUUGCGGAGGAUAUUCAGGCUUGGAAUUCUCUAUUUGCGUUCAAGGAGAGCAAAGAUGAUUCCCAGAUAAAUCACAUUACCUCAGAGGAGGAUAUGAUGAAGAAGUUUAAGCAGAAGGAGAGGCGCGGAUCAUUUUAUCAAACAACUUUCGUUGAUUCCAGAAAAUCCAGCUGUGAUGGUGAAACUAGUUAUGUUGAAUCAUUGGAUAUGAUGCACACUCUUGCCAGCAUAGCUGACAUCAUCAGCAAAGAGAUAGAUGGAGAGAUGGAUGAGGAUAAUGAGAAAGGGGGGAGAACUAAAUUAGAGAGAAGAAUGAUAACACCCAUUGAUCCUGAAGAGUAUGCUGCUAGAACUACAACUGAGAGACAAAAGAUUCUGGAUCCUGUAGAGUUAGAGGAACUGGUAGAGUUUAUCAGAGCAGAGGAAAGUGAGAACAAUAAAAAGAAAACUGUUAUUAACAUCACAGCUGACGAAGAAGAAGAUAAAGAUUCAGAUUUAGAUUCUUCUGAUGAUGGUUUUGCUCUGCAGCUGUCAAUGAUCAGUGAGGUUCCAACUGCUAUUGAGGACCUUGAUACCAUUCAAGUAGUGGAGGAGGUGGAGAAGGAGGAGGAGGAGGAAGAGCCUGACAGGGUCACAUACUUCCAUUCAAACCUUACCGAUGAUCUCAAGAAGGACCAGAUGAUGCUGGUAAGGGCCCUGCAGAAUAAGAGACAUCUACGUCGACGCAGUACAAUUGUGCGGCGCGGAGCACAGAAAUUUGUCCCAGAAAGUUGUUAUGCAUGUUCUAUUCUCUAAUGGUUUGAUAAUUACAAUGUUUAUUAAUACAAAAAUAUAUAAUCAAAUUAGAAUUUGCUUUGU